AACCAGAAGCCUGGUGGACUGUUGGGAGGAAGAAAAGAGGGGAAUCCCUAGCUGCUUCCCCGGGAUUAAAACUCAUGUUCCAGCGGGAGAUCACAGCAGUCAUUGCCGGUACUUCACUUACGGUUGACUGAAGAGGAUGAGGAUGUUCUGCUGAAUCCACCCAACUCUCACAACCCUUCCUUCUCCUCACUGCCCUCAUUCUAACCACUGCCUUCAUCAUGAACCACACUCCCAGCCCCCACCUCUCAGAUGGUGGUAGGUCAGCUGGAGGCGGGCUGCUAUGUAGCCUGGGUCUGGGAUCUGACAGGGGGAUCUGCUCCCCGGACAGCCUAACCCAUACCCCCAGCCCCACAGGGGAAACCCCUAGCUCCAGUCCCCCACUGCUGCUGUCACCCGGGUUCGGAGGCCUUGGGCUGGGAUCCCUCUGCGCAAUGGGUGAAGGAGCUGGGGCCGACUGGGAGAGCAGGGAGGAGCUGCGGCUCAGGGAGUUGGAGGAGGCUCGGGCCCGUGCGGCACAGAUGGAGAAGACCAUGAGAUGGUGGUCGGACUGCACUGCCAACUGGAGAGAGAAGUGGAGCAAGGUUCGUGCAGAGCGUAACCGAGCACGUGACGAGGUUCGUCAGCUGAGACAGCGGCUGGACACACUCACCAAAGAGUUGACAAGUGUUCGGCGGGAGAGGCAGGAACUGGCCUCUGAGAAUGAAGGGUUACGGCAGCAGACACUGCAUCUCCGUGGCGACCACACGGCUCCUCCUCCAACCGCCACCUCGCCCUCUUGCUCCCCUGCACACCCCUGUGGUGCUUCCUCAUCUCCAUCCAUUCCUCCCUCCUCCCCUGCUUCCUCUUCCUCUCAGGUUCACGGUGACAGCAAGCUGGACAGGAUGGGGGACGCCCCCUCAGGGUAUCCAGAGCCAGAACCAGUAAGGGACGUGGACUUGGACAGAGAUAAACUUGGUCCGCAACAGGAUUUGGAGCUGCUAGAUUCCGUUCUGCGUUCCAGGACCCCAGGCACUGACAGUCAGGAGGCCUGGGACAGUCAGGGUGGUGGUGGCAGCGACGGUGUUAAUCCCGCUAGCUCACGUUUAUCCUGCGGUAUGAGCCGGCAGGAGCGCAGCAGGCAGCUGUGGGAGGACAUGAGCACAGUGGAGGAAGACUCCAGCAAACUCAACGCACUUCAGCUUCGCCUGGAUGAGUCCCAGAAAGUCCUGCUGAAAGAAAGAGAAGACAAACUUGCCCUGAGUAAGAGCAUUGAGAGGCUGGAGGCUGAACUCAGUCAGUGGAAACUUAAAUAUGAGGAGCUCAGCAAGAACAAGCAGGAGGCCCUAAAACAGUUGAAUCUGCUGAAGGAAAUACACGAGGAUGAACUCGGCCGCAUAUCUGAAGACCUGGAGGACGAGCUGGGCGCUAGGACCAGUAUGGACAAGAAACUAGCUGAACUACGAGCUGAGAUGGAGAGGCUGCAGGUGGAGAACGCUGCAGAGUGGGGGCGCAGGGAGUGUUUGGAAACCGAGAAACUGGCCUUGGAGAGGGACAACAAGAAACUGCGUGCUCAAGCUGAAGACCUAGAGGAGCAACUGGCCAAGAAACGCAGACAGGCCGCCUCUGCACUCGACACAGACCUGAAGGCCAUCCAGAGCGAGCUGUUCGAAAGAAACAAGGAGCUGGCCGACCUUCGCCACAUUCAUGCUAAGCUGAAGAAGCAGUUCCAAGAGAAGACGGCGGAGCUCGUCCAUGCCAACCGGAGAGUCGAGAGUCAUGAGACAGAAGUCAAAAAGCUACGUCUGAGGGUGGAGGAGCUUAAGAAAGAGUUAGGACAAGCUGAGGAUGAGUUAGAUGAGUCCCAUAACCAGACCAGGAAGCUGCAAAGGUCUCUGGAUGAGCAGGUGGAGCAGACUGAGAACCUGCAGGUACAAUUGGAACACUUACAGUCAAGACUGCGGCGGCAGCAGCAAAGUCCUGGGCUCUUUGGGAAGAUGCGAUCGGCUCGGUUCACUCCUGAAAACCCGGACAGUCCCACCAGCGAUAUGGAUGAGGAGGAGGAGGAACAGCUCCAGAUCCCAUGACACAGACAAACACACACACACACACACACACACACACAUAUACUGUGAUCCAUAAUAUACUGUUAAGGUGUUGUUACUCCGGAGGAAAAAGUUUUUAUACUAAAAAAUUCCUAAUGGUUUUACAACUGGAAGGAGCUCAGCUUGUGAGUGUUUUAAGGACCAAUCCAAUAUUUUUAAACAUUUCACUCGGUGUCAGAUCAAAUGAUCAGUAUAAAGUGAUUUCGUCAACUGGUUACUGGACAGGAUAAUGAUCACAAAUCUGUGGGUUAUUAAAAGACCAAACAAAAAAACAAUGAACCUUUAAACAUGAAUACGUUUCCACACAGUAGCAGUAAAACAUACCUUACCCUUACAAAUAACUAAUACUAAGACACACACAUGCUUGGAUAUCUAUGGGGGGAUUAUUUUGUUAAAGCUAUUUACAGCUAUGAGACUGGAAAAUUCUAAUCUGUAUCUAACAGUAUAACUAUCUCAAUCAAUGUAUGUGUAAUCAGAUUUCAUUCCACAUUUACAAAUGCGAUUACGCUCUUGUUUUCUGAAUAUACAUUUCAAGAUUCCUGUACAAAUUUACAGAUGUCAAUGGACACUUGAGAUUCCUUUACAUGUUUACAUAUCUGAUUACACACAUGUUUUAUGAAUGUGUACAGGAUUCUGCAGACAUAUUCAGAAUAAAGUGUGUAAAAUCAGUGAUGUGGAGGGAAACAAAACUGUAGAUAAAUCUAACUACACAUGGAUUGAGAUAUAGUAACACUACACUCCACUCACAUGGCUGUAAAUAGCUUUACUGCUAGAAUGUCCCAUAUACAUUAUUACACACACACCAGGAGAAAACCCACCAGGAUUGUGACACAAAUUAUGAGGACAUCUGAACAGUUACAUUCAAUAAGAGGAUUUUUCUGUGACUUGACAAACGUCCAACAAACCGCACACAUCAUAGUGUUAACAGUCCUUCUUACUUCAUAUACCACAAACAUUACUGCUGUCUUACCUGCACUGGGCUCCUGUAUCCAAACAGGCCCCACAUCUCCAUAUCCAAUAUAAACGCUUUUAACGCAGUUCUGUAUAUGUCACCUGAUAUGUCAGAUGAUAUGUCAUUUUAAAUUGACCUUACUGAAUCGGUUCCCAUUUAACCACUAUUUGUAAAUGUGAGAAUUCGUCUUUUUCGGAUGUAUUUUAAGUUUCCAGUGCUCGGCUUUAGCCUCAUUUCAGCUGCGACUUGGAUGGAAUUAUGACCUAAGGAUGUAUUGAGCAGGAGCUUCCUGUCUACCCAAGUUUUUUUAUUUGUCAGUUACCUAUCAGAUCCCUCAAACACCUGUUUAGACGGCAUGUUAGACAGCAGUCACUUCUACACAGUUCCAAGCUGAUGCUGAUGCUGAGGUAAAUCCGGAUUUAAUAACCACAACCUCAUCUGAACAAAAUCACAGACGGAUAAAUUAAAGACCACAGCUUCAUCUAUAUUACUUAAAAAACAAACCAUCAGGGAGGGGGUGAGAAGCUCAUUCACAUCCAUGUCAGCUGCCUUGUGGUCAGUAGAAAGAGAUGCAUAGAGAAGGUAAGGCAAUCCUCAAGCUUGUGGGUCAGUACUGAUGGCUUAGUCCAGUCACUACAUUUUUUGCUCAGUGCUUUAAAAAAACGUCACCCGAUAAGUUUGAAAAGUUAGAAAAUCUUGUGACAAAGGUGCUAAGUUGGCAAAAGUGCCUGUAAAGUCCUGAUAAUGUAAUAUAAAUUGUUAUGCACCUAUUCAUUUAGAAAGAGCAGGGAAACUCCGACUGGCCAACCAAUUGUGUCACUUCAACACUGAGGCAGUCAGUCACAGACGCUCGCCUUUCUGAGACUGUCCUCAUCCUGAUCUACACUUUACACACCAGUAUUCCAGACGGCAAGACUAGUUAUACAUCCAGAGUUCAGUUGUUCUCUUCUGAAUUUGGGAUGUGCAGGGAUGAUGCUUUAUGCACUGUUUAAAUGCUGAUAUUUAGUAUUUUACAAUAUUUAAAUUUUCCUGGAGAAAAAAAACCUUCAAUCCCAAAUAUGUGUGUCCAUUUAAUCCCUCAGGAUCAGUCUGGGUGUGAAAGCCUCCUGGGCAGCAUUUAGAAUAUUAUGGGAUAAUGAAACUCACUAAAGCCCAGGCUCUCUCAUGACGAGCCUCAUAUUCAACACUAGGAGGAUUUUUGGAUUCACUGGGUGCUGGACUGAGGUGUUAAUGAUGCUGAGGUAAAUCUCCUGUGUGUGAAGGAGCUCCAGUGGAUGGAUGCAGUUGUAAAAUCAACAGAACAUUCAUAAAUCCUCCGCCACCACCAUUCAACAGCCACUCUGUGAUGCUGGAGAGGGACCAAUAUAUUCUGUAGGAUUCUGAACUAUUUAUGUUGUUAUGGUUUAGUUUUAUAAAUGAUCUGUACCACAGUGGUUUUGUAUUAGCUCUAUAAAU